AUGUCUUCUUUACUUUCCAUGUACCAAUCCAAAGGGAUGGAAGAGAGAAAUGAAACAAGAGGCUAUAGUGAAGAGUUUCAAGCAAUGUUAGAUAGAUUGGAACAAGAAGAUAGCUAUGAAGAUAGUAACUUAAUGUUGGAGAAGAAAAGAAGACUUGGUUAUGAUCAAGUUAAAGCUUUGGAAAAGAGUUUUGAGUUGGACAACAAGUUAGAGCCAGAGAGAAGAAUGAAGCUAGCUGAAGAGUUAGGUUUGCAACCUCGACAAGUUUCAAUUUGGUUUCAAAAUCGUCGAGCUCGAUCGAAAACGAAACAAUUGGAAAGAGAUUAUGGUGUUCUUAAGUCCAAUUUUGAUGUUCUUAAGGUUGAGUAUAGUAAUCUUCAACAAGAGAAUCAAAAGUUAAGAGAUUUGAAAGAGAGAAUGUUGAGAGUUGGGAGAAAUGAGUUAGAAAAAGGGGGUGCAGAAAGCAGUUCAUGUGGUGUGAUUAAAGAAGAAAGUAAUGUUGAUUGUUCAAUGAUAAAUUUGGUUCAUUAUUAUGAUGAUUCAAGAGGGUCUCAUGAGAGUGUGUUUCAGAAUCAGUUUAUGAGAAUUGAGGAGCAGAAUUUAUUUAGUAAUGGUGAAUUAUUCAGUUUCUUUUCUCUUGAUCAAUCACCUACUUUGUAA